UUAGAGGGUAGUCUUUUCAGCCACCCCGUUCGGAUUAAAGCGAAUUAUCACCUGGAGGAUUACCAGCAGAGAGAAAUCUUGAUUCGUUUUUUUGGAAACUUUCGCUGCUGAAUUACCCUUAAGUUUUGGUCCACAGUCAUGUGGCCGCCACAGCUGCUGUUCCUCACAAUGCUCUUGGCAUCCACAGUCGCCCACGCUUUCAGCCGUGCCCCUGUUCCGAUGGCAGUGGUCCGAAGGGAACUCUCCUGUGAAAGCUACCCAAUUGAACUGCGCUGUCCAGGAACAGAUGUUAUCAUGAUUGAAAGUGCCAACUAUGGCAGGACGGAUGAUAAAAUCUGCGACUCUGAUCCUGCUCAGAUGGAGAAUAUCCGCUGUUAUCUGCCAGAUGCCUAUAAGAUUAUGACUCAAAGGUGCAGCAACCGGACGCAGUGUGCCGUCGUGGCAGGUCCAGAUGUGUUUCCUGACCCUUGUCCAGGAACAUACAAAUAUCUAGAAGUGCAAUAUGAAUGUGUCCCUUACAAAGUGGAACAAAAAGUUUUUCUUUGUCCUGGACUACUAAAAGGAGUAUAUCAGAGUGAACAUUUAUUUGAAUCCGAUCACCAGUCAGGAGCCUGGUGUAAGGAUCCUUUGCAGGCUUCUGACAAAAUUUACUACAUGCCAUGGACCCCUUACAGAACUGACACGCUAACGGAGUAUUCUUCCAAGGAUGAUUUCAUCGCUGGAAGACCAACUACAACUUAUAAGUUGCCGCACAGGGUAGACGGCACGGGGUUUGUGGUGUAUGACGGGGCUUUAUUUUUCAACAAAGAACGAACCAGGAACAUUGUCAAAUUUGACCUACGGACAAGAAUUAAAAGUGGGGAAGCCAUCAUUGCUAACGCCAACUACCACGACACGUCCCCUUACAGAUGGGGAGGCAAGUCUGACAUAGACUUGGCCGUGGAUGAGAAUGGUCUUUGGGUGAUCUAUGCAACUGAGCAAAACAACGGCAAAAUAGUCAUUAGUCAGCUGAACCCUUAUACCUUGAGGAUCGAAGGGACAUGGGAUACGUCUUAUGACAAGAGGUCGGCUUCCAAUGCAUUCAUGAUCUGUGGCAUUUUGUAUGUGGUGAAAUCUGUGUAUGAAGAUGAUGAUAAUGAAGCAACAGGUAAUAAAAUAGACUAUAUUUACAACACUGAACAAAGCAAAGAAAGUGUAGUGGAUGUUCCUUUUCCGAACUCCUACCAGUACAUUGCUGCGGUGGAUUAUAAUCCAAGGGACAACCUUCUUUACGUAUGGAACAACUACCAUGUGGUUAAGUACUCUUUGGAUUUUGGACCCUUGGACAGCAGAACAGGGCAGGUACACCAUGGCCAAGUUUCCUACCUUGUUCCUCCAAUUCACCUGGACUCUGAUCUCGAGAGGCAAUCGUUUAAGGCAUCAACGGCUGGAGCGACAGGUUUGGGUGGGACUACCACAAGCACCACCCCCCGACUAACUACCAGCAGCACUGCACGGACCACCACUGCGGCGGCUUUGGGCAGAAGGAACAAGAGCACAACGACACCUUCCCCGGGUUUGGACGCCCCGAACGAAAUGACUACACACCUGCCGCCUGCAGCUUCCCAGCUGCCUGCAAUAGGGGCAGAGAGCUGCGAGACUGUGGAAGCCCGUGAGAUCACAUGGUUUAAGACCCGACAAGGACAAGUGGCCAAGCAGCCGUGCCCGAGGGGCACCGUAGGUGUUUCAACGUUCCUGUGCCUUGCUCCUGGUGGGAUCUGGGAUCCUCAAGGGCCAGACCUUAGCAACUGCUCUUCACUUUGGGUCAACCAUAUCACGCAGAAGUUGAAAUCGGGAGAGACAGCUGCCAACGUUGCUAGAGAACUUGCCGAGCAAACGAAAAGCCACCUGAACGCCGGAGACAUCAGCUACUCAGUUCGCGCCAUGGAUCAGUUGGUGGGUUUGUUGGACGUGCAGCUCCGAAACUUGACACCUGGUGGAAAAGACAGUGCUGCGCGUAGCUUAAACAAGCUUCAGAAACGGGAGCGCUCCUGCAGAGCCUAUGUCCAGGCCAUGGUUGAAACAGUCAAUAACCUCUUGCAGCCGCAAGCUUUAAAUGCAUGGAGGGACCUGCCUGCAAGUGAUCAGCUUCGUGCAGCAACCAUGUUAUUGGACACUGUGGAAGAAAGUGCCUUUGUACUGGCUGACAAUCUUCUCAAGACUGAUAUCGUGAGGGAGAACACGGACAACAUUCAGUUGGAAGUUGCAAGGCUAAGCACAGAUGGAAACUUGGAAGACCUGAAGUUUCCACAGAAUACAGGCUAUGGAAGUGCCAUCCAGCUCUCAGCAAACACACUGAAACAGAAUGGUCGGAAUGGUGAAAUCAGAGUGGCUUUUGUCCUAUACAACAACCUGGGUCCCUACCUGUCCACAGAAAAUGCCAGCAUGAAACUGGGGAUGGAAGCCUUGUCUACCAAUCACUCUGUCAUAGUGAAUUCCCCCAUUAUUACAGCAGCAAUAAAUAAAGAAUUCAGCAAUAAGGUUUAUCUGGCUGAUCCUGUUGUGUUCACUGUCAGACACAUCAAGCAGUCAGAGGAAAAUUUCAACCCUAACUGUUCUUUCUGGAGCUAUUCGAAACGCACAAUGACGGGAUAUUGGUCAACUCAAGGAUGUCGGCUUUUGACAACAAACAAGACACACACAACUUGCUGCUGUAACCACCUGACCAACUUUGCUGUCCUGAUGGCCCAUGUGGAAGUGAAGCAUGGUGAUGCAGUCCACGACCUCCUCCUGGAUGUCAUUACUUGGAUUGGCAUUCUCCUGUCCCUCGUCUGCCUCCUGAUCUGCAUCUUUACUUUUUGCUUCUUCCGUGGGCUCCAGAGUGACAGAAAUACCAUCCAUAAAAACCUGUGCAUCAGUCUGUUUGUGGCAGAGCUUCUCUUUCUUAUUGGGAUCAACAGGGCCGAUCAGCCGAUAGCCUGUGCUGUGUUUGCUGCCCUCUUGCACUUUUUCUUCCUUUCUGCUUUCACAUGGAUGUUUCUGGAGGGAGUACAGCUCUACAUCAUGUUGGUGGAGGUCUUCGAGAGUGAACAUUCACGGAGAAAAUACUUCUACUUGGUUGGCUAUGGCAUGCCUGCUCUAAUUGUGGCUGUUUCGGCGGCCGUAGACUACAGAAGUUACGGCACAGGAAAAGUAUGUUGGCUUCGACUUGACACGUAUUUCAUCUGGAGCUUUAUAGGACCUGCAACCUUGAUAAUUAUGCUUAAUGUAAUCUUCCUUGGGAUUGCUCUUUAUAAAAUGUUUCAUCAUACAGCCAUAUUGAAACCUGAAUCUGGGUGUCUCGACAAUAUCAACUUUGAGGAUAACAGACCCUUCAUCAAGUCAUGGGUUAUAGGUGCAAUAGCUCUGCUCUGCCUAUUAGGACUGACCUGGGCCUUUGGACUUAUGUAUAUUAAUGAAAGCACCGUCAUCAUGGCAUACCUCUUCACCAUUUUCAAUUCUCUGCAGGGAAUGUUUAUAUUCAUUUUCCAUUGUGUCCUCCAGAAAAAGGUGCGUAAAGAAUAUGGGAAAUGCCUGCGUACACAUUGCUGUAGCGGGAAAAGUACAGAGAGCUCCAUUGGCUCAGGAAAAACAUCUGGGUCACGAACACCAGGACGAUAUUCCACAGGCUCACAGAGUCGCAUUCGCAGGAUGUGGAAUGACACUGUCCGAAAGCAGUCGGAGUCAUCCUUCAUCACUGGUGAUAUAAACAGUUCAGCGUCACUUAACAGAGGAGCCAUGGCUAACCAUCUUAUAACCAAUGCUCUCCUUCGUCCUCAUGGCACUAACAACCCUUAUAACACAUUGCUCGGGGAAUCGGCCGUCUAUAACAACCCUUCUAUCAGCAUGUACAACACACCAGAGCCCUACAGAGAGACAAAGGGGCUUCUGAACAAUGCCAGGGAUACAAGUGUCAUGGAUACUCUACCACUGAAUGGUAACCACGGCAAUAGCUACAGCAUUGCCAGCAGCGAGUACCUGAGCAACUGUGUGCAAAUAAUUGACCGUAGCUAUAACCACAGUGAGACUGCCUUAGAGAAGAAGAUCCUGAAAGAACUCACUUCCAAUUAUAUACCUUCCUACCUGAACAACCAUGAGUGCUCUAACGAACAGAACAGGAAUCUGGUGAACAAAUUCGUCAACAACCUAGGCAGCGGGAGUGAGGAGGAUGCCAUCGUUCUCGAUGACGCCACCUCCUUCAACCAAGAAGAGUCCCUGGGCUUGGAACUCAUCCACGAGGAAUCAGAUGCGCCAUUGUUACCCCCGAGGGUUUACUCUGCAGAGAACCACCAGCCUCACCAUUACAGCAGGCGACGGAUUCCGCAAGACAACAGCGAGAGUUUUUUCCCUUUGCUAACCAAUGAGCACACAGAAGAUCUCCAGUCCCCCAAAAGGGACUCUCUUUAUACUAGUAUGCCUGCUCUGGCCGGCAUGCCCGCCGCAGAAAGCAUCACCACCAGCACUCAGACCGACCCCCCGCCAGCCAAAAGUGGUGAUGCUGAUGACGUGUACUACAAGAGCAUGCCAAACCUGGGCUCCAGAAACCAUGUCCAGCAGCUACAUACUUAUUACCAGUUGGGGCGAGGCAGCAGUGAUGGAUUUAUAGUCCCACCAAACAAGGAUGGGACCCCGUCAGAAGAAACCUCCAAAGGACCAGCUCACUUGGUCACUAGUCUAUAGAACAUUAAGCAAACAUUUUAACAAAACAAAUGCCCCCCCGCCCCCGCCCCACACCUGGAUUACUGUUUGGAGUUAAAUCAAAGCGGUGGUAAUAUUGUGUGUCCUCCUACUUCAUGCUGUUCUAAACAACAAACAAUUCUCAUACCUUUUUAAUGGAAUUUGUAGGCCCACCCAGGAAGAAUGCUAACUGCUGUGAUUCUCUCACCCCACCCCACCCCGGCCCCUGUUGCCCCACCUAAGAAAGACUUCAGUAUGCUAAUUAAAGGGAUGCACCAGGAAAUGGUCCACUGUGUGGCCUUCUCAAAUUAUACUGUGUUUGUUUAAGCAUCUUUGGGUGCUCUCUUUCUCUUAUUACCAAGGACCUGAUUUACAAAAGGCCAUUUGAAACAACUAGCAACAAUGCAUCUAGAUUGGAGUGCUGCACAAAACAGAAGCAAAAAUAGCGAAACUGUUUAUUCUGAAUCUGUAUCACAUAAUAGUUUUUUGGUCUCUCACCACUUGAUUUAACCGCAGCUCACUUAGCUGUGGAGCAAACAAAACCUAAUGAAAUAGAAAGGGAGUCUGUAAUUGUAUGCUACACGGCAUAUUUUUAUGUUUUGCUGUAUUAACUGAUGAUAAUUCUAAUGGCAGAAAAAAAAUGGAACAAUUCCUAUGUAAUGUACAGAUACUAGCAUUGCACAUAUAGUCUGCUUUUUGUUCCGCCAGAACUUGCGUCCCUGUUAAUGUAGUGGAAAAACAAAACAAACUUUUUUCUGUUGUGCUGGUCUUGCAAGUUUGUCUACCAGUAGGAGCAAGAUUUUUCAUAUAUCCUUUUUUGGCCAUUUUUCCAUUAAAAAGAACUCACUGGGUAAAAUAAAGUAAUUCACUUUAUAAAGAUCUUUUUAUCUCUCAGUUCAGUCACACCCACACUUCAGUAGCCUGAGAUAUAUGAAUAUAUAUAUAAAUAUUAUAUAUAUUUUCCGACACACUUUAUUUCAUUAUUCAGUCUAUAAAUUUGCCAACAAGACCUUUCUCAAAUUGGAAAACUGGACAAACCUUUAUGUUUACAGUGCACAAUCGAUUGAGAUGCUGCAUUUGUGGCAACAGACCUUCAGAGGGUACCUUCCUUAGGAGUCUGGAUAUUAUUAGAGAAAUAAUGGGGCUUCUGCAUGUGACUGCAAUACCUCUGCAGGAGUCAAAGUCUAGUCCCCAAACUAGGAACUUGUACUGCAGUGGUGAAAAGCAAAAAAAAAAAAAAAGACUGAUUCAUAGCAAAUAUUUAAAAAAGAAAAUAUAAAACCCUAUUUUUAAGUGGUUUUAAAUAAAAACCCUUCCUAACAGGAAAUGUAUUUAUUUGACAAGAUUUAAAGUAAUGUAGGCCUUCCCAGGGGGUAAAUUAGCAGCACAGAUUCUACUUUUUUUUAUUUAUGAUGCAUUUUGUAUGGUCGCCAAGUUGAAUGACCUCAUUACUAAUAUUUGUUGUAAUAGUGAAAUUUGUUUGCCAACCAAUAAACAACUGAUUACGAUUUAGAAGGCACUGUAUAUAUGUCCUGUACAAUCAGUCUCUCCUAAUUUAUCUCCCUCUUUCCAUCUUCAGCAAAAGGAGUUCAGCUCUUUUGGAGCUGAAGGUAGCUAUGCAAAUAAAAGGAUUAUUCAGCACAGAAUUAUGCAGAGAGGAUCUGGGGGGAAAUUAAGCCAAAAUUCUAGAACGAUGAGGCAGGCAUGGGAAAUAUCUUGUUUUAUACUGGAGGCUUCUGUUAUUGUUUGCUUCUGCAGUAGCAUUUCAUAUUAAGAGGAAUUCAGGCUAUAUUUUUCAUCAUACUUUUUUAUACAUGGUCCAUCCUGUAUGUAGCUUUUGAUGAUAUCAAUAACGAUGUGGGCCAAACUAGACGUGGCAUUAAUUUCAUAAAUGCAAUUAACAUGCAUUUAAUUACAUAUAUGUAUGUAAACAGCAACCAAGGGCGAUUCUAAGCAGCCUCAGGAGUGUGUAUUGUGGGAGAAAUUAACUUUGACUGGGUUCACAUAACCGUGAAGUUAUUUUCCCACAGCAUUUUCUUUCUUUCUUAGCUGUUCACAUGAGCCCGGCUUUAUUUCGUUUCUGUUUGUGUUCACACCAGGGAACGUGGACUGAGUGGGGAUGUCUUUAUCCUGGGCAAAAGUGUUCGCACCUUGGCUAGAGACCACUAGGUGUGAAGCUGGUUUGAGAAACAGCACAUCAAACAGUAGCAGCUUGUAACAAAGAACAGGGCACACGUGCAUUUUGGAUAAUAGUCCUGUGAACAUGGGUUAAAAGCCCAGCAACGGAAACUCAGUGAGUUUACAGUGCUAAAGGGGAGUGUGUGAACACAGCCUCCCUGUUUAUGCCAGGAGCCCAACAACAACAAAAAAUCUCCUCUCUGAAACAGCUGUUUGCAUUUCAAGGGGAGCUCCCAGUGGCUCCCGUUAAAAUGCAGACAGACAGACACAUCAGAGAGGACAUUUUUGUCAGGAUGGCGAUACAGAAAAAAGAGAGUUAAACUCCCCAUUUCCCACCCAUGGUUGCUGAGGCUCCCCCUUGGCUGUUUUAUGUACAGCAAAAAGUGCACAUUGAUUGCCUUUGUGACACUUCUAGCUUGAUCCUGUAUUGUGUCAAAGAGAAAAGGAAACUCCUGCGAAGCCUCUCCAAGAUCCGUUGUGUUUUUAUGUUUUAGUGCUUGGCAUUUGUUAAUUGUGUUAUCUGGAAAGGAGGCAUUAGUCUCAAUUGCUUGAGCGCUGGAAAAAGGCCCUCUACAUUUCAGGAGGAGAUGAAAUAGCAGUGCUGAGUUGUAUCCUCUGGAGAGAUGUUGACAGAACCCCUCUGGCAUUCCACGCCCCCAACCUAAGUGCUCUUUUGUUGAUACUUGCUUGCAGGAUUUUGCAAAAUAAAUAAAAAAAAUCCACCCA